UCCGCACCUGCCUGGACCAUCGGGCACAUUGCACUUGGGACAGAAUUGCAUCUAGCAGCGAGUCAUCUUAUCAAUAGCCGACAUCGGGGAGACUGUCAACCUCCUUCAUUUUGGAAACCGAGCUCAGUUUCAUCAUAGCACUCCAUCCCAUUCCUCUACGUCCCAACCCAUCCUCACCAUGACCACCAUCAAUAAAAGGGACCAACUGCCCUCCCUCCUCCUCCUCCCCUUCCCACCCCACCCCUCCAACCGCACCCUCCUCAACGCCGCCUACCGCCCCCCUCUCACCGCCGUCCUCUCCAAGCUCAAACACGCCAACCCGCACGGCGCAUCCAAGCUCAUCAUCGCCGUCACCGUCCCCAUCCUCCAAGGGCCGCCCUACCAGCUGCGCUCCAAGACCGUGCUCUGGUCGCAAGCGCAAGCGCUCAUCGCGGGCCUGUACGCCAUCAUCUCGGUCAUUUGCGCCCGCUUGGAAAUCAGCACGGAGAUCGAUGGUGGUCAGGGGUCGGUGGAUGCGACGGUUGUGCUGGUUGAUCAUGAUCGGGGACGCAAGCCAUUGAGUGCUGAAGACCGGGCCCUGCGGGGGGAUUCGAAAAGCAGUAGUAGUCUGAUUGAGACGAACAACACGGUGGUGGUAGACUUGGCGACAUUUGCCGACGCCUAUCACCCGUGGAAUUAUAUUUUUCAUGUGCGCACCGAGCAGGGCAUUCGGUUGAACGAGGUGUAUCUGCAGAUGGCGGAGGGGAAGAUGAUUGGGGCACAUGCGAUUCGGCAGGAGCAAUUGGUUGGUGUGGAGGGAGGGUUGACGCUGCAUCAUGGGCUUGUUGGAGACGAUACUACGGCGGGAGCGGGAGCAGCUGGAGGGGAAGGGAAUGGGGAGGGAAGACGGGUAUCAGGAGUGCCGGUAGUUUGUCUAGGAGGGACCUUUGACUAUCUCCAUCCGGGCCACAAGCUGCUCCUGACCGCGGGCGCUUUGCUCUUGGGAGUGCCGAGCAAAGAUGAGCUGUCACUGCCGGCUACUUCGCCCAGGCGACGCGAGCCGUGCAAAUACAUCAUUGGGAUCACGGGCGAUGAGCUACUCAAGAACAAGAAGUUUGCAGAAUACGUGCAGUCGUGGGAGACGCGGGCGCGGAACGUCAUUUACUUUUUAUCCAGGCUUCUACAGCUCUCGGACAAGGGAUGGAGAGAGGCAAUGGGCCCUGCGGCCGGUGACAACAUCCACUCCGCCGUCGCGGCAGGAGUGCAAAUCGACGAGAAAGACGGCGAUUUUCGCGCGGCUUUCAGGGAUGGCAUGAUCAUCGUGCAAUGCGUACGGAUACAAGAUGCUUUUGGGCCGACGGUCACGGAGGAAAAUAUCGAUGUGCUGGUCGUGUCGGGGGAGACGCGGUCGGGUGGAAAGGCCGUCAAUGACAAGCGGGCGGAACAGGGAUGGAAGACACUGGAGAUUUUUGAGGUUGAUGUGUUAAAUGCGGAUGAGAUCCCGGAGGACGUGGGAGAAGACGUCAAGGCUACCGAAGAUUUCACUUCCAAGAUUAGUAGUACCGUCAUUAGACAGCAGAGGGCGGCGCAGGCUACGGGGAAGAGCGAGCCUAAGAUUUGACUUGGUGUCGAAUGGACCAACCCCCCCC